GAUAAGAGAUGCUAAAAAUAUGGCUGCUCAAGUUUUAAAUGAAUCAACUCGUGGAGUUCUAAAGGACAUAUUUUUUGUAAAAUCUCUUCAGAUGAUAUUGGAAGUAUUUAAUUUAACAAUGCAAGGAGCCAAGGUUUUUAAAGGAUUGGUGCCAACAUUGCAUAAUAUGAUGAUUAAUCAGCCAAAUAUACUUUUGGUUUUGGAUGAUGAAAAAUUAAUGAGGCCUGUCAGGAGGUUUACAGCUGAUUAUGCUUCGAGACAACUAUUGGGUGUCAUGCCUCACACACUUGCCCUCACAAUGUGCUUUAUUAUGCAAUAUAGAUUAGGUGUUAAUGUUGGAGUUGAAGUUGAAUUAAAGGAUGUAGGUGCUGAAAGCAAAGUUCCUCUGGAUGAUAUUUGUAGGAAGGCCAUAGAUACUGGUCUUCGUAAUUGCCUUUACACUGCUAGUGAUUUAUCACAGGCAAGCUCACUAUGCAGUGCUUUGGAACAUGCUUGGAAAAGACGGGAAACAAACAAUGUACUACAUUCAAAUGUUACCGCACAUCGGAGAGAGGUUGAAAGAUUACAAGUCCAAGUAACAGCUUAUCACUGGCUGCAUGAGGAUAUUUUAAUUUCAAACAGUAUUUCAGCUCAAAUAUCACCACCACCUAUUAUAAGAGCUGGUUUCAUGUUAGAACUGAGAAAAGCUUCACAGUUAUUGAUUGCUAUACAACAACGGAUCACGGAAUGUCAUGCUACUCAAAAUUCUCUCGUGCAAAGUGCUGAACAGAGACUAAAGUGGGCUGCAGGUGCAAACCCUGCAUUAGCUGAAGUAACGUCGGCAUUUGAAACUGCUAUCAAAAAUAGGGAUAAAGAAUUGCAGCAAUUACAGCAUACUGCAGGAGAAGUGGCCAAAACUUGCAACGCCAUAUUGCAUCAUGAAGCUAUGAGAACUAGAACAUCAGAGAGUGCAACUAAUGAUCAGGCUUUUCUGGAUAUGGUAUCUCAGUGGGAGAAAAGUUGUACAUUACAAGAAGGGUGCAAGAAUGCAAUAUCACCAUUAGAAGACUGUUUAUUUGAGAUGUUGGAUCCAGAAGGAUGUGUUGAUGAUCAAUAUUUAUCAAAUGUUGGAGCUCUCCUAAAAAAUAUGAUCAAUGAAAUUGAUGACGAAAUUGAAACACAACAAAGUAGUUUGACUGAAGCAGAAGAACUUUUGCAAGACAUAGUGAACAAAUUACGAUCUCAUAUGUCACAGCACAAUCAAUUGACAUCUGACAUCAGAGCACUUCUGAAAAAUAUGCUUAAAUCAGAUGGGGACAAAGUUACAGGACUUCGAGAUUAUUUAUCAAGAUACAAGAGAUUUUUGGAAGUAAUUUCAGCAAUUUCCAGCGCUAUGUAUGACAAAGAGAACAUUUUGAAUUCGAUUUACGCUGUGAAAGGACAAGUUCAAGAAGCACAAGAAUUAAUCGGAGGUGUGUUUGAUGAUAUAUUUUUGUUUGAGGCUGAUAAUGGAAAAAAUAAUAAUAAAAGGCCUCCAUUGUUGAGGCAAAGUAGUGUGCAGUCAAUUAAUGGAACUAAGGAAAAAUCACCUAGAUUGCCCGAAAUGGAACAAAAACGCAACGCGUACGCUGUAUCGGUGUGGCGACGCGUGCGCCUGAAAUUAGAAGGCCGCGAUCCUGAUCCCAUGUGGCGCUGCACUCCUGCAGAGCAGGUGGACUUUAUUAUUCGAGAGGCCACUAAUGCAGACAACCUGGCACUUCUCUAUGAAGGCUGGACUCCAUGGGUGUGAACUGAAGAUAAAUAUAGAGCGAAAUAUCACUCAACGCGAAUUAACUUAUCGAUUUUCGUAAACCGCUACAUCAUUUUGAUUUGAAACGGCUACGAAAAUAACAGCUAAACAGGCGACGGGUCAACCAAAGACCGACGUCGUAUUUAGCUCAUUUACGAUUACCGGAGCAGUAUAAGACAAAAUUGUAUCUAAUGUGUUGUUGUAUGACAAAAUUUUUGAAGUGAAUGUCAAUAAGAUCUUCACGUCGCGCGUCUUACAUCCGAUGGAUAUAAUGAAACAAGUCGACAAUGCUGCUUUUGAAUCAAUUCAUAAUUCUUUGCUAUUUCAUAAAUUAAUGAGAUUUUAAAAAUUCGAUCAAUGGCAAAGAGAAAAUUUAGGAUUUAAACGAUGAUGAAACACAACAUGUAUCGUGCUGACAUCUUGAUUUGAGAUUAUAUUAAGGAGUACUAUAUGAAUGAAUAACUUCAAUUUUAUAGAUCUGCUUCAUUACUAGUUAGAUCUAUAUUCUCUACUAAAAACUUUAGUUAUUGGUUCAACUUCUUCCUGUUUCACUUUUAUAUUUAGGAUUAA